CAAAUUUUCGUUCGAGUUUAUUUUCACAGUCGCAUCUCAGCGCAAGCAAAGGCUAAUCGAAGAAAAUCCGUGAAAAUUGCAACGGAAAAUGGAUCAAAUCGAUGACGAACUUGUGAAUUCGAUAGUGGAGGAGGUGGAGAAGGAGGUUUCGUACGAUGUCCUGUUGGAACGGCAGAAGAUGCUGCUGCUGACCCGACGGGAGAUCGAAGAUUGGAAGCGGAUUGUUUAUGAAACUAACCGAUGCCGCGAACAGUAUCUCCGAGAAUACCGUCUCGCUCGGAAGCAGAUACGGGAGUUGUACAAUCCGAUCAACCGGAUUAAUGAUCCAUCUCUGGAAGCAAUCAUUGACCAGCAUCUCGGCCAAUGGAUGGAAAACGAUGGCAAACCAGUCGAUCACCAACCGGAGAUCGCGAGAAUGCGAGCGAAGAUCGAACGUAUGAAGCAGCGUAUUCAGACCUACGAGGACUCUUACGAGCAAAUUCAGAAAUCAAAAAGCCAUCAGCUGGCCAAGGAAAUCUCACGGAAGGUAGGUGAAGAAGAGCGAAAAAUUGAAGAGCGUCAGAAAGAAAUCGAACAUUUGUGGAAAGCGAGGCGCGUUGAAGCUAAAAAGGAAUGGGAAAAUGAGAUGAAAGUUUAUGUGGAGCUCUGUCGACUAUACACCGAAUUCGCCCAAAUGGAAAUGGAACAAGAAGCUAUGGCGCAGAACAAUGAGAUUAAAAGGGCCAAGAUUGUUCACCUUGGCGAGGAAAUCAAGCAGGCCAAGAUCGAGCAGGAGGAAGAGGCUAAGCGUCGGGAAAUUGAGCUGAACGAGCGUCUGUUGAUUCCGGUCAAACUUCAGCACAUAACUCUCGAGGAUCCCGUCUUCAAGGAUCCCAAUGAUUUCCCGGUCCUUAUCGACAAGAUCGAACGCACUCGCAAAACGUACGAACAUAUCUUCAAACGUCCCGAGUAUAUGGAUCUGCGCAAGCUGCGAAAGAAGAACAGGAAGAUUCUGAGCAAGAGUUCUAGCCAGUUGGCACUGCUGUUCAGCGCUCCCAAGCGGAAGGAUAAGUCCCGGAAAGCGUCAACUCAGCCAGCUGCUGCCAAAGUUAGUGUGGCGCCAACUACAAAGGAGAUUGCAUCUAAACCGCGAAAGGAGCUUCGGCCACCGGUUAAGGAAGUGAAGGACAUUUCAGUUCCGAAGCCGAUGAAAAUUGAUCAACCGGAGGUUCAGGUCGAAAGUUCUCCGGAACCAUCCCAGAAAGAACCCCCAUGUCAACCAUCACCGCAGUCUCCUGAAGUGUUAUCGCAGAGUGUCCCACCAGCAGGCAACAGACGCAAAUCGCUGGAACAUAAAGAAACAAAAGCGGUUGAAGAGCAACAUAAACCGGUUUGCAACGUACAAGGCCAACAGAUCAAACAACCGUCUGCUCAGUUGAUGUCCCUGCCCCGCGAACCCCAGGAUAAACCGAUUCAGAAGGAGCAGCCCAGAAAACGCUUAUCUCGUGAAACCCCGAUGUCACAGCCCUGCGCACAACCUGUUGAGCCCCAAGAGAAACCUUCUCAGAAGGAACCACCCAGAAAGCGACUAUCUCGUGAAACACCUAUUCCUUCUUCGGCUCCUGCGCGUACCGAAUCGAAAAAACCUCAUAAGGUGCAGCAGCUUUCGCCGGAACCUAUUCCCAAGAAAGCUAUUGCCAAUGAGCCGCAAACGCAAUCGUUUGAAUUUGAUAGCGAAUCGUUCAGCUUUUCGCCGGAAAAGCCUAAACGUAAAAGCAAAUCUCAACCUCCAGCGGAACCGAUGGACUUCGAAGCUGCCCCCCAACCGCAACCGUCGGAGGAAGGUGAUAACUUUUCACUGGGAAGUGGUUCACCUCCUGCAGAGGACCGUCAUCGUCAAUCCGGGGGUAAGGGCGACACCGGCGAUUUCCUGGAUUCGGUCAGUCUCAGCGGUAGCAUUUCGUCGUUCGAUAUGGAAGAUCGCGAAAGUGGCAGCGAUCUAGGAUUCGAUUUGUCCCCCGUUGGUUUGCGGACGGGCGGCAAUCGCAAAGGGGGUAGCGACGCCAGCAACGAAGGGGAUUCCGACUUUGAUUUCCUGGCUAGUCCACCGAAGUCGGGUGGUCCAGCGGGGAAAAAAGGUCAGGAUAGCUUCGAUUUUAUGGACGGCGACGACAGCGGUACCGGAUUCGAUUUCUUCUAAAGGAGAGGAAUUUGCCGUGGCGAAUCUCUGGAAAUUAUACGAUGUAUAAUUUAAUUUGAGUUUUGCAUGCCAUUUGAUGUGGCAUUCACGAAAAGGACAAAACUGAUGAUUUCGUUAUAAUGUUCAGUUAAAUUAAGACUAUGAAUUCUAACAAAUGAAGUAUGGCGUAUGUACUACGAA